UUCUCAGCCGAUGACAUUCGCGAGAGAGCGCGAGAGAGAAAGAUCAAUCCAGCAUGUGCGCGUGGCCAGUCGCGCGCGCACCCGUCUUGUGACUCUGUACCGGUGAAUCGGGACUUCUUGUUCACUCCCUCACGCUCGGGUCUACGAUAUGUAUUUAUUUAUUUAUGUAUUUUUAUGCACGUGACGACAGGUGCGCGUGUCGGCUUGCGUGAGCGCGCGCGUACUGGAGAGAGGGGGGGGAAAAUAAAGAAAAGUCAACCGUAGAAGUGAAGUAAAGCCAAGUCGCGCGCAGAGCAGAAACGGUGCCGGUUAUGUAACUUGGCGCUUGCGAGUGAAACAGGUCAGACGCUGAAGAAGCUCCGGUGUGAGUUGGGAUCAGCUCGUCUCGCGCUCCGUGUUCCAGGUGAUAGAGCCUUUCAUCAUCUCUCUGGGUCUCUGGGUCUGGCUUUUGUUGUCCCGUAAUCUCCUGUUUCUUGGUCCUGCUGUAUCUGCAACUGGCCUCAAUGGAAAUACAAAGGUGACCACCAGAGAUGUUAGCACACCAAUCUCAUGUACAUAAGCUAACCACUUCCAGAUGAUCAGCUAACCGUUAGCUUGGAAACCUCAGCCAGCUGGUGAGGACGAGAAAAACUGAAGCUAGCCAUCACUUGUUUGGUGAAGGACGGAACCUGCUAGCUCCAAGAGUGCUAGUGUGUGAAGUGCUCAAGUCUUGCUUUUACUGGAAUCGCAAAUGGGAAACUACAGCCUCCAUAGACGGCCUGGAUAGGUGAGGGAGCGAGCAUGGACAAGCUUUCUGACUUUGGUGUCCUUUGUCCGUCUAGCAGGAGGGAAUGGGAAACUAGCAGCUGCGUGGAUGAUUUUAUGGACGAAGAUGAGAAAGACAGGGCUAAAAGGGCAUCCCGGAAUAAAUCGGAAAAGAAAAGGCGAGACCAGUUCAAUGUGCUCAUUAAGGAGCUGUGCACCAUGCUGCAGGGCCAAGGCCACCCACGCAAAAUGGACAAGUCUACCAUCCUGCAGAGGACCAUCAACUUCUUGCAAAAGCAAAGGGAGAUCACAGCGCAGACGGAGACCUGUGAGAUUCAGCAGGAUUGGAAGCCUUCCUUUCUCAGCAACGAGGAAUUUACCCAGUUAAUGCUGGAGGCAUUGGAUGGUUUCCUGAUUGCACUGAGGCUGGACGGCAACAUCAUCUAUGUUUCUGACAGCGUCUCCUCUCUCAUUGGGCAUUUACCAUCUGACAUGGUGGACCAGAACAUCCUGAACUUCCUGCCUGAGCGUGAACAUGCUGAGGUCUACAAACUGCUCUCAGCGCAUCUGCUCAUGAGCGACGCCAUCAGCACAGACUACCUGGAGGGCAACGAGACUCACGUUGAGUUCUGUUGCCACUUAGUCCGAGGAAACAUUGACCCGAAAGAGGUGCCCAUGUAUGAGUAUGUCAAAUUCGCUGGAGACUUCAAGUACCAGAACAGUGUGCCUGCAUCAUCAUGUAAUGGCUACGAGCUGAUGUUCCCCCGUCCACUGCAGACCCCAGUGGAGGAGCAGAUGUGUUUAGUGGCUACAGUCAGACUGGUAACACCACAGUUCCUAAAGGACCUAUGUAGUGUAGAAGAUCUGUGCGAUGAAUUCACAUCAAGACACAGCCUCGAGUGGAAAUUCCUCUUUUUAGACCACAGAGCCUCUCCCAUCAUCGGCUACCUGCCGUUUGAGGUGUUGGGGACGUCAGGAUAUGAUUAUUAUCACGUGGAUGAUUUGGAGCUCAUUGCACAGUGCCACAAACAGCUGAUGCAGUGUGGGAAGGGGAAGUCGUGUUAUUAUCGCUUCCUGACUAAAGGCCAGCAGUGGAUCUGGCUGCAGACGCACUACUACAUCACCUACCACCAGUGGAACUCCAAACCGGAGUUCAUUGUCUGUACACACACUGUGGUCAGUUAUGCUGAAGUUCGGGCCGAGAGGAGGAGAGAAUACGGGCUGGAGGAGAGCUCAGAUAUGUGCACCACCUCAGGAAAGGGGCAGGAGGUGUGUCUGGAUGUGUGUGCUCCAAUGGAUCCACCACGGGACAGAAUCAGCAGUGCACAAUCAGCUUCUUCACACAGCUCGCGCAAAUCCACACACACUGCACCGUCUGACUCGGCCUCAAACUCUUCGGUCCGCUAUAAAGAAAGCUGCACAUCAUCAAGGCAGUCAGUGUCUAUAGCAACUGAGAACUCCAACAGGCUGAGCCACGGAGCCUCAAAGACCCUGAUUCAAAGACAGGCCUCGUUGGAGCCCCUCCCCCCCUCACCCUCCUGCAGCCAAUCAUCAGUCAUGCACCAGGCAGUGUGUACAGGUCUCCCACAGCCUCAGUUAGGAGUGAUGCACCAGCUGACAGAGCACCUGGAGAAGAGGAGACUCAUCCUGCAGCACGACAUCAAAACCCAGCAACAGGAGCUUCAUCACAUCAAAGAGAAACUACAGCUCACUAACCUGCAGAUGUUGCUGCAGCAGCCGGUGCAUGUGGAUUUUCCUCAGCAGGCUUCAGCUCCACACAGCCAGUCAGGAGUCCUGCAACACAACAACACACAACACCCCAAACCCCCACACUGCACACCUCACGCAGCCUCAUCUCACACACUGCACCGAGAGCAGCCCAGCAGCUCCACCACGCAGCAGAGGCUGGUGCAGAUGCAAAGCAUGUGUGUCCCGGUCCAAACACACACCAGCUUGACGAUGCCACUCUACAGCAACCCCAUGAUGUUCUCACCAAACCAGGGAUACCGCAACACACCGGACACGGACACACACACACACCAUACCCAUACACACCACGCGCAACACACACACCGGCAAGCAGACACAGACAACGGGCCUGACGGACAGCUACGGAUGCUAUUAAACCAGCCGGUGCAGAAUCCAGUUCCAGACAGCAGUGGAACGCUGACAUCACACUGCAGCACCAAUAUCCAGCAAACCAAAUAUCUGGACCAGCAGAUGAUGGCCCCGCCUUUCCCAGUGCAGCAGGUCAGCUGUAAUGCUGUCCUAGUCCCCUCCCCUGUGUUUACGUCACCAAUCAUGAUCUCCCACAACAGCUUUCUCACUCCUCGAGCCCCGCCCAGCUACACGCCCAACCCCCAGAGUGGUCAGCAGGGUCUGCACAUCCAGCAGCAUCAGCAGUUCUUUCAGAUGCAGCCCCAGGGUCUCAUUCAGAGUGGCCCCACUCAGGCCUUUUUCCACACAGCCAACGUCCAGCCGCAAAGCACUGUGGGAUACAUCGAGCAACAACAACCACAACAGCAGCACCUUCACUCCCAGUCUUCAGCAAGCAGCCUAUCAGAUUACAGGAACAUACUUCCACGGUAGCCCCACCCCUAUGUAGAAAAGCUGCUGGGAUAGCGCAUGGAGCGGUUGGCUCCGUGGCUCAAGAGGAGAGGAUGCUGGGAAGGCAGAGCGUGUGAAAUUCGCCGCCAAGCCUUAAAAACACCAAAGCCGAAAUCCCUCUGUGCCACGAAAAUGGACGUACGGUGUGGCGAGUUGAGCGGCUCCGCCCCCCCAGACACUGCACACAAAGUAUGCUGUGGCUAUAGGAGGGGCUAGCUACCGGUCACAGGAAAAGCCACGCCCCUAAUGACACUCAACAGGAGUGUCAAGAGGUCACUGGUGGAGUGAAGCGAGAAUCUUCAGGAUGAACUCGGGAAAAAAAAGUGCUUUUGUAAAAGCUGAAGUUUUAUAAAUUAUGGGUUUGUGUCGUUUUUUUUCUGUCAUAUUUUGUUUCUUUUAUUUUUCAUACAGUUUCGAAGGCAUUAUCAGGUUUGUGCUGAACAUUAUUGCAAACGGUUAUAUUACAAAAAAAUGUUAACAAGCAAAAAAAAAAGUGAGCUGGAAACUUUCACAGCAGAGCGAGAGUUGGUGAAGUGAAGUGGGCGGGGCCGGAGGCACGCUAUAAGAUCAGGUGCAGUUUAUCCUUGUGCGUUAUGCUAAUGAGAAACAAAGGCGGAAAAGACCAACAAUAAAUACGACUUUUUAUGUGUAACGUUACAGUAGUUAGCAUAAAUCACAGAACGUGUCGGGUCAGAGUAGACAGUUACGCACAUUAAACGUAUUUAUUGAACUUGAGAAUAUUCACUGCUUUGAAUGUAUCAUGAAUUCGAGCGUUGCUAAAUGAACACACGUGAACCCGGCGAGUCAAGGUGUUGGGUGCUGUGAGGGAAACCAGAGCGCAAAUCUCAAAUAAACUAGAGACCUUUAGCAACGUGAGGUGAUGAAGGAAGGUAAGGAAAACUCGGAUUAUAAAGAAAAUCACGGGAUUAGCAUGAGGAAGGAGCUAACUUGUCAUUAGCUACUGUUCAGCUGGGUGUAAAGCAGGAAAAGUGUGGAGGAUUGAUAUUUACAGUACUGUUCAUAAAGAAAUUGUGUUUACAGCAACAGAAAAAGAAGCUAUAUUAAAGUAUAUGAACACAGCUAUCACACCAACCUGACUUUUCAUUGUGUUUCUUUUUUUUUUUUUUUUCCUCUGCACAUGAGGCUCAGGCUUCAGCUGG